AUGGCUAGGUCAUCGACUACCCGAGCCCAGAGCGUUCCUCGACCCGAGAAAUCACCCCAAAUCAACGAUGAAGAGGGUCCUGAAGAUGCAAGAAGCGAAGCAUCGGUCCCCUCUGAAACCAUCCCGGUGGAAAUCACCUACCCGAAGCUCCCACGUACCUCUCUAGCCGCUGAGGAGGGCCGACGAGAGUCCUUCUACGUCUGCGCAGUAGAGGACAACCCCGAUCCGAGCGCCGGCCCCCAGGGGCUCGGCGAGCAGUUGAAAUAUACGCAACUUACCCUAUCUGAGUUCAAGAAGGCCUUCAGGAAGGACCCCGAUGCCCUCUUUGACAUGAUCUUAAAGAGGGAACGCCUUUGGACAGUGUACGCCAACACUAAAGAUCAGGAAGCGCGUACCGCGCCUCCCGCUACGACUAGUGGUCACGAGCAAGAACUAGAAGCGAUACAAGCCGAGUAUGAAGACAUGAAAUUACGCCUUGAGACUGAGCGAAACAACUACGCGCACCAGCUCCUACAGAACCAGCGAAUAGCGGUCCUGAAACCCAACGACUUCGGAGGCCGACGAUCUGUUAAGAUGCCUGACGCUCCGAUCAUGGACGAUGGCAAGGAUAUGGAUUUCGAGCGGAAGCUAGAGGGCAACGCCGACCACUACCCGACGUCUACCCUCCGGAUCAACUACGUGGCCAGCCGAUGCGAAGGCAAGGCCUUGAAGCAUAUCGGCCCUCGCCUACACCCGAACCGCCGUGCGAAGGCCCGAAUCGAAUACACACAGCUAAAGAUGAAGCCGAAGGACAGCUUCGAUGACUUCCUGAUCGAAUUCGCCCGCCUUGCGGAAGAAUCGGAUACCCCUAUGAGUGUUCGGAAGGAGGAUCUCUACACUAAACUACCUUACCUCCUCCAAAAUCAGGUCAUGAGAUUAGUUCACAACGACCGUGUCUCCUUCAAAGACUUCGCCUCUGAGUGCCGUGAAUGCUCACUCCUAAUCGGACAGCAAGUCUCUUCCCGUUCACAAGGCCGUACGACGAGCGGAGGAGGAAAAAGAGAAUCGACUACUGGAAGCCCGGCUACCAAGCGAGAAGCUGGCUCGAGCCCUACCUCUACCGACCGGGUAGCCCUAUUGAAGGAAGGUCGAUGCUUCACGUGUCGAGAAAGGGGUCACCUUAGCCGAGACUGCCCAAAAAAGAUAGCAGUUGCUAUAGUGAACACAGAACAGCUCAUCGAGCUUGAGGAAACUACUGAGACGGGAAAAGCCUGA